AUGUCUAGGUACCACAAAGCAGCAAUUGAUGGACACUUGGACAUCUUGAAGGAGGCCACAAGGCAGGACCUGAACGCUAGGGAUGAGGAUGGCAUGACUCCCACCUUACUGGCAGCUUUCCAUGGACAUAUCGAUGCUCUACAGCUCAUAUGCAGCAGAGAAGGAGACCCCAAUAAGAGUGACAUCUGGGGAAACACACCGUUGCAUCAUGCUGCUUCUAAUGGCCACAUGCAGAUCCUCAGCUUUCUGGUCAACUUCGGUGCCAACCUUUUUGCACUGGACAAUGAAUUCCACACAGCUAUGGAUGUUGCUGCUUCUCGUGACCACAUGGACUGUGUGCGCUUCCUAGACGCUUCUGCGUCGCAACAGACCAACCGAAAUGCUAAGAAGGUCGCCAAUCUUAAGAAGGAGGCUGUCAAAGAAGCAGAAAAGCGUGUGAAACACUGUGAAAAGGUGAAGAAGGAACACCAGAGCAAGAUGAAUAAAAUGCACCGUGGAGCAGGCAAUACUCGGUCUGUCUCAGAGGCCAGCAUGGCAUCAGCACUCUCAAGCGGUGGUACCAUGACUGGCAUCAAUGAACAGUUCUCCAAGCUUAUCGCUGCUGAUAAAUCCGGCUCUCUUACAGCCACACUCCGGAAGAAGCUUGGUAAGAAAGAUAAAGGCACACUGCAGAGGCCAGGAGGAGAUGGGAACGUUAUUUUCCUCAAACAGCAGAGUGGAGCAACUGAGAAGCCAGAGUUUCUUGAUGUCUUCGAUGAGCAGGAUGAGAGCAUGUUAGAUGAAGAAGGAACGACAGGCUUUGAAGAUGAUGACGCCAGUGGAGAACCAGGACCUGUCAAGCAUUCCAUCUUCAGCCGGCCCGGCCUUGGAGAUCUGAUUUUCAUGAAGAAGAUGGGGCUGAUGUCACAGGACAUUCCCAGUGGGAAGAACGAAAGUCUUGGCUACCUAGUUCAGAACGAGUUGUCUGAUGCAGAGGAAGACGCUGCUAGCUUUGAGGGGAAUGGUGAUCUGCCCUGGGAUCAGGAAGACCUGGGACUGGAUGAUGAUGAGGAGGAAACCUCUCCUUUAGAUGCGUUCUUGUCUGCCAUCUCCUUGCCAGAGUUCACCCUUGCAUUCAGUAGAGAGCACCUGGACCUGGAGGCGCUAAUGCUUUGCUCUGAUGAAGACCUGAAAGGCAUUCACAUCCAGCUGGGA